CACAAAGGAAGAGCAUAUAUCUUCAGCCUUUUGAGUUGCUUUUCUGCUUGAUUCGUUAAUUAGCGGCGUAUAAGAGAUGGGUUCAAGUGCGAUAACCAGCAUCAGAGCACUGCACCAACAAGCCAAAAACAAGAUCAUGGCGGCACAUCAUCAACCCAAGCCCAAACAGAAGCCGGCUUCUUCUCAUUCGUCUGUGGCUCCUGCGGCAGAACCAAGCCAGCAUCUUGGAAGGAUUGGACAACAGAGAGCAAAGGCAGCAGAGGAGUCGCUUAGAACAGUCAUGUAUUUCAGCAAUUGGGGUCCGUACACCUGAGCUAAUCAUGAUCAGCAUAUUCUGGAAAGAGUUAUUAAAUGUUUGUUAGUUUAAUUGUAGAGAGGACCUUAUCAGUGAGACACAAAACCUGUAAACUUCCAUUGUACACAGGGAAAUGAAAGAUACGGUUCGUUGCUAUAUGUAUUAGCAACUUUUGGAGAGGCCUAAGUCAGAGGUUAGGGCAGCGAACAUCAAACCCAACUUAUUUCAGAAGUUCCGUGCAAUUUUUUAGUUGGCAAACAUGAAUCCCUCUACUUGGAGCUUAUGGGCAGAAAAGAAUCAAACUAGAUAGUCUUUUGUGGCUCUGGUGGCAACUAGAUCAACGCGUUACAUUUUUAAAUCCGAGAACUUAAUUCAAUUCACCCAAAUCCUUGAUCUCGAAAAGUGUCUGUAACAUUGCCUUUAUCAUCAACAUAGACAGCCUAAACUCUAAACUACUAACAUUCAUGACUUAGCAAAAGACUAUAAGGCAUAAGCUUGGCAUACCACAUUUUGCUAGCUUAUUUCAAACAAUAAAGCGAUUUCUUGAGU